AUGGCAACUCCCAAGUUCAACUCCAAGUCGCCUACGAUACGGCGCAUACUACGCGAAGCCCAAGAACUCUCCAGCUCUCCAUCACCGGAUUAUACGGCUACUCCACUGGAAUCAGAUCUGUUCGAAUGGCACUUCACCUUCCGCGGGCCACCCAACUCGUCCUAUAGCGAAGGCAUCUACCAUGGCCGUAUUGUGUUACCGCCAACGUAUCCUCUUCGCCCGCCGAGCUUUCGCUUCCUUACACCAAGCGGCCGCUUUGAAACCAACCGGGAGAUCUGCCUGAGUAUCAGCGGCCACCAUGAGGAGACGUGGCAACCCGCAUGGGGCGUGAGAACGGCACUCGUCGCGCUGCGUAGCUUCAUGGAGACAGACCCCCGAGGUCAGCUGGGCGGUCUCGAGACGAGCGAUGCCGUACGAAAGCGCCACGCAAUGGUAUCGCACACAUUCAAAUGCCCAACCUGCGCAAAGACAAAUAUCGAAAUCAUCCAAGAAUGUGAAGAAUCUGCUAAGGCCAAAGCCGACUUGCCAGAUUCGGCGACUGAAAUCGAGAUCCCUUCCGAGCUGAAGCUUGGUUACAAAGAUGAGAUGACCGAGUCUAAAGGGUCAGAAGGAGAACAAGCGGCAGCAGCUACAGUAUCUCCGACACCAAGAUCCGACCCGGCGGACACAGAGAGCGCCGAACUGGCCGAGGGCUUUGUUCGUACGGCACCUGGGACAAUAGCGGCGACUUCGAGUUCAGCGUCAACAUCACGACCACCAGCGACGGCGCCAUCUUACCCUCCCGCGCGUCCAGGUGAAGGAAUUACCACUCCCACGCGGACGGUCUCGCUCCCCCCCGCCCCAAAUCUCAGCGUGCGACCCCAAGCUCCUCCUACUACCCAUGCGUAUGAUGAAGGCGUGCCGCUCUGGGUUGAUCGAGCCAUUGUCGUUCUUGUUGUGCUUCUGCUGGCCAUGAUUCUCAAGGUCUUGCUUGACUUGUAG